AACGGAGCAGUUUGCGGAGAAAAGUUAAACUUCAGGCCGGAAGUGGAGCAGAACAGAGAGAAAGGCGGAGAGGAGAGAGAGAAGUGUGAGAGCGCUGUGAGAGGGAGACAGACAGACAGACAGAGGAAGAGGAGGAGGAGGAGGAUGGUGAAGAUGGUUAUAAGGCGGAUUUAGUGUCAGUAGAGUAAGGCGGUUAGAGGAGAAGGAAGAUGGGAUUACCGACUCUGGAGUUCAGUGACUCGGUUCUGGACAGUCCCGCCUUCAGAGACACGCUGAAGAACCACGAAGUGGAGCUGGAGAACACCAACAAGUUCAUCAAGGAGCUCAUCAAGGACGGGAACGCGCUUAUAGGCGCUCUGAAAAAUCUGUCUGAAUCUGUGCUGAAGUUUGCUCAGUCCCUGAAGGAGUUUCAGUUCGAGUGCAUCGGCGACGCUGAGACAGACGACGAGGUAAACAUCGCUCAGUCUUUUAAAGAAUUCUCACAGCUGCUGAACACCGUGGAGGAGGAGAGACACCGCCUCAUCCAGAACGCUGACGAUGUGCUCAUCACACCUUUGGAGAAAUUCCGUACGGAGCAGAUCGGAGCGGCUAAAGAAGGAAAGAAGAAGUUCGUUAAAGAGAGUGAGAAGUACUACUCAUCCCUGGAGAAACAUCUCAACCUGUCUUCAAAGAAGAAGGAGUCCUCGCUCCAAGAGGCUGAUGCUCAGAUCGAUAAAGAGAGGCUGCUGUUCUAUGACGCCUCACUCGAGUAUGUCUUCAAAAUCCAGGAGGUGCAGGAGAAGAAGAAGUUUGAGUUUGUUGAGCCGCUCCUGGCUUUCCUACAUGGUUUAUUUACUUUCUACCAUCAGGGAUAUGAACUGGCUCAAGAGUUCGAACCUUAUAAACAGCAGCUCCAGUUCAACCUGCAGAAUACUCGGAACAACUUCCUGAGCACUAAGCAGGAGGUGGAGAAACUGAUGAACAGAGUGAGAUCCGCGGAUCAGGACCAGAAACCACCGGGACAGUGGACCAUGGAGGGCUACCUGUACAUCCAGGAAAAACGACCUUUGGGCUGUGCCUGGACACGACAUUACUGCACUUAUGAUAAAGCGAGUAAGACCUUCACCGUGACCAACACCGAGACCAAGACCACCAACAAACAGAGUGAGCUGGUGUUAAAUCCUCCUGAGGUGUUCAAGCUGAAGUCCUGCAUCAGGAGAAAAACAAACUCCAUCGAUAAACGCUUCUGCUUCGACGUGGAGGUGAUGGAGAGAAACGCUGUGUGUCGUGGAUCUCUUUUCAGACCCCUACAGUUUUUCUGUAAAGUUCGACAUGGUAUCAUUACCCUGCAGGCUCUGUCUGAAUCUAACAGGAGGAUGUGGCUGGAAGCGAUGGAUGGCAAAGAGCCAAUUUACAACCUGCCUGCAGUCCUGAGCAAGAAAGAGGAGACUCAUCUGAACGAAGCCGGCUUUCACUUUGUGAAGCAGUGCGUCAGCAUGGUCGAGGCGAGAGGUAUUAACACGAUGGGACUGUACCGUGUCGGAGGAGUUAACUCUAAAGUGCAGAAGCUGAUGAACUUCGUCUUUUCACCUAAAGCUCCAGCAGACAUGUUCCUGGACCCUGAAAUCUGGGAUAAUAAAACCAUCACCAGCGGCCUGAAGAAUUACCUCCGGUGUCUCACUGAGCCGCUCAUGACAUACAGACUCCAUGAGGACUUUAUCACGGCUGUCAAAUCAGAUGAUCAGAAUUACAGAGUGUGUGCUGUUCAUGCUCUGGUCCAUAAACUGCCCGAGAAAAAUAAGGAAAUGCUGCAGAUUCUAAUAAAACACCUUCUUACUGUGUCGACUCACAGUAAGACCAACAUGAUGACCGUGUCGAACCUGGGCGUGGUCUUUGGCCCCACGCUGAUGCGCUCUCGGGAGGAGACGGUGGCUGCCAUGAUGAACAUCAAGUUCCAGAACAUUGUGGUGGAGAUCCUGAUCGAGAACUUUGAGAAGGUCUUCCACCAGACUCCAGACCCUAAUGUUCCCUUGGCACAGCUUCAGACUCGUCCAGAGUCACGCAGGAACAGAGCCAUCUGUCUCUCCACAGGAGCACGCAGACCCAAACCCCCGUACACACACUCGCUGUGUCUCGCUGACGCAGAAAGUGACACGUUAAGCAGCACUUCCUGCAGCACAGCGAUGGGCAGCGUGGAGUCGCUCUCGUCUCACUCCUCAGAGCAGAACAUGUCCAAGCUGAGCUCCUGCGCUCUGCAUAAAGAGAAGCCGUCGUUCCCAUCGUCUCCGUCCUCCAGCGGGCCCCGGGGCCGAGACUCGGGCUCCAGAGAGGACGCGGGGCGGGCGGAUGGAGACUCAGAGGACUCUUACAGCUCACCUGCUCUGAUGAAAGCUCACAGAAACGUCACACAGAGCAGUGGAGCUGCGGUGAGAUCAGACCGCCUCGGCUGUGUUCCAACACCGUCUCUCCGAUCUCUCCACAGCGCCGACGAGAAACAGCACGACGGCGUCCCGCGGCCCGACCCGCCUCCCAAACUGCCCCAGCGCCAGGACUUCGGCUCGAUCAGCAGCUACCAGAGACCGAUCUCAGUAGUGGCAGCGAGAGCACUGAUGUUCGAAAGUUCCUCACUGAGUACACAAGCAGGACGAGACGCCAAGGCGAUCUACUCCUGUGAGGCAGAGCAUAGCAAUGAGCUGAGUUUCCCCCAGGGGGCGCACUUCUCAAACGUGUACCCAUCGGUGGAACCCGGCUGGCUCCAGGCCACGUACGAGGGCAAAACAGGACUCGUUCCCAAAAACUAUGUGGUUUUCCUGUGAGCUGUAAUACCUCGUGACUGUGCAGUGAAGGACGGUGUAAACUCUAUAACCUGCUGUUCUUCAGCACCGUGAUUGUUUUAGCGUAAAAAUCUUAUAGCAUGAUAAAGUUUUAUAACCUUUUAUUCACCUGUAGCACUUUUUUUUUUAUUUUUUUAAACCUUUUCAAAUUUGUCAUGAAAGACCGUGCCUUGUUGAAUCUGGUAAUAAGUAGGUUUUUAAAACUAUUCAUCUUGUAAUAAGAACAGGUCAUUAUGUGAAGGCAGACCUGCUGACCUGCACACACUCUGUGUAGGAGUUGGACAGUUUAACAUCGCUGUACGAGUUUUCACUCAGAAAUAAAAGCCUUCUUUUCCCCCUAAUAGAAACCGCACAUGAGUCAGUCCACAUAUGAAUCUGGGAUGAUUGACAGUUGCGUAGAUGUUUUGAACUCUCCGAAGCCCUGGAAGCCCCGCCCCUUUCCUCCAUCUCGCGUUAAUAAUCUCUCGUCUCGAUUUUCGGACACUGUAAACGGACGUUAAAUAAAAUCUAACGGUGUGUGUUUUACUUCGCUAACAUUACACACCGAUAUACCGAACAUCGCUUCAGCAGAUUUAUUAACGUCAGAAAACCUUUUUGGUCUUCAUCUGAACUAAAACAGACGAGUACACACACGCACGCCACACACACACACGCCACACACACGCCACACACGCCACACACACACACACACACACACACACGCCACACACACACGCGCCACACUCCAGUCUCCACUUUAUGUAGUUAUGAAAGGAUUCGAUGGAAAAUGUGCUGCGUUUUUGCUCCUCCGUUAUUCCUCGUCCGACUCGGCAGGUCUGUGAGCGUAGCAUGAAAUGUUCAACGUAUAAAAGGAGUUCUUUUCCUGUUUUUUAACAGUAUGAUUUAUAAUUUGAGUUUGUUUUUAUUAUCAUUAGAUCAUGUUUUCACCUGCACUGUAUGAGACUCACUCUGAUGCUGUAUAAUUCUGUCCUGGUGUCGUUGUGGUAAACAUGUGAAUGUUGCUGUGACCUGUGAGAGAAAAGCAUGUGACCUUGUUGCUGUAUUCACGCAGUCUUUAAUCAGGUGUUGUGCUGUAACCGAACAGGUAAACUGAUUCAACUGAAGAAUGUUGUAUCACUGUUUUAGAUUAACUUAGUGGUUUUUUUUUUUUCACAUAUGUGAACAUUUUACUGUCAAUAAAUUUCUACAUCAUGACCUCA